UCAACUGUUUUCUUCUCAAGACAUAAAAAAAAAAUCCUUGAAACAAAUCCAGAAUUAAAUUAAUUUGUAUAAACCAAAUAACUAAUUACGGUCCUACCGAUAAUCGAUCUGAUCCAAUUUUACUAACCACUCUUGUUUUCUCUCUCCUACACUCAAAUUCAUCAUCAUCGUCGCCUUCUUUAGUCAACAAAUCCCUAAAUUUGCCGAAAAAUUAGGGUUUCGAAAAAUGAUGGGACACGAUCAAGAUUCAAAAGGUGAAGAUUCUCACUCUCAAAUGGAUAACUUAGUUCUCAAUGAUCAUCAUCGUCAACCUUCGCACUCAUCUUUCAAUGGCGCCUUUCAAUCUCCUCUCUCUCCUCCUCCCGAGAUCUCCACCACCGCCAUUGACGUUUCUCCCGCCGAAAGUCCAACUCCGACUCGUUCGUCACUCAAUUCGUUCCUUGAACCUCCGUCGUACGCUGACGCCAUGUUUCGAUCCUUCGAUGCGGAUGCCGAUGUCGCCGGAGAAAUUAACGGUCAUGAUCGGAGCAGCUCGCUGUCGUUGGAUUCGGAGUAUAUAUACAUUUCGGUGUCGGAUCCUGAGAAGGUUCCAGAAGCUUCCAAUUCAUUGGUUCCAGGUAGUGGUUCUUACUAUACUUACUUGAUUACGACUAGAACGAACUUGCCGGAGUUUGGAGGUACUGAAUUCAGUGUCAAGAGGAGGUUCCGAGAGGUAGUUACGCUUUCAGAGCGAUUGGCGGAGGCGUUUCGAGGGUAUUUUAUCCCGUUGAGGCCGGAUAAGAGUAUAAUGGAGAGUCAAAUGAUGCAAACGAAUGAUUUUGUUGAGCAGAGGAGGGUUGCCAUUGAGAAGUAUUUGAAAAAAUUAUCGGCUCAUCCUGUUAUCCGAAAUAGCGACGAGUUUAAGGUGUUUUUGCAGGUGGAAGGGAAGCUUCCUCUUGUUAAGACCACGGAUGUAGCGUCGAGGAUGCUUGAUGGAGUGGUGAAGUUGCCAGGGCAGCUUAUGGGGGAGUCCACGGUGGCGACUGAGGAGGUGGUUCAGCCUGCUAGAAGUGGGCGGGAUUUGUUUAGGUUGUUUAAGGAGUUAAGGCAGGCAGUGUCGAAUGAUUGGGGUGGGGUGAAGCCCACAGUUGUUGAGGAGGAUAAGGAAUUCUUGGAGAAGAAAGAGAGACUUAAUGAUCUUGAAGUGCAACUUAGCAAUGUAUCUCAACAGGCCGAAACACUAGUGAAAGCACAGCAAGAUAUUGGUGAGACGAUGGGAGAGUUGGGUUUGGUUUUCGUUAAGAUGACAAAGUUUGAGUUCGAGGAAGCAAUUUACGAGUGCCAAAGAACACGGGCAGCUGACAUGAAGAAUAUGGCGACAGCUGCAGUUAAAGCGAGUAGGCUGUAUCGUGAACUGAAUUCACAGACUGUCAAACAUUUGGACAAGCUCCAUGACUAUCUAGGGAUGAUGUUAGCCGUUGACAAUGCCUUUACUGACCGCUCAAAUGCUUUGUUGACUGUCCAAACGCUCGUAUCUGAACUAUCUUCUUUAGAGUUACGAGUUGAAAAACUAGAAGUUGCUUCGUCCAAAAUAUUUGGGGGUGACAGUUCCAGAAUGCGGAAAAUUGAAGAACUGAAAGAAGCAAUAAAAGCAACUGAGGAUGCUAAAUGUUGUGCAGUUAAGGAAUAUGAAAGGAUCAAGGAAAAUAACAGGAGUGAACUUGCUAGACUAGACAAGGAAAGACGGGCAGACUUUUUGAGCAUGCUGAAGGGCUUUGUUGUAAAUCAGGCAGGAUUUGCGGAAAAGAUGGCUAAUGUUUGGGAAAAGGUUGCAGAUGAAACUAAAGGCUACGUGAAUGAUGUUAGUUGAUGUAUAUACUGUAAAAGUUUUGCUCUGUUGUUUUUGUAGUCUAAUUUAUGUACAAUUGAGAACAAAUUAGUUUGUUUUUAAAACUCCAUUUUAAAGUUAUGUACAUAGCUAAUUAUUGGAGAGGUCUCUGAUAUCCAUUUUUACUAAUCUUGAUGAAAGUCUGGAGAUCAAAUCUGUUGCUGAAGCUGUGUAUCGCCAUAUUUCAAAGUUCUGUUGUUUUUAUAGUCUAGUCAUUUACUUGUA